GCCCAAAAAUACAUUUAUCUUUUUUAACAUAAAAGAAAGACCUUGGAGUCAAAGUACGGGAGCCUACAUUAUUGGGGUUACUAUUGCUAUACACAUUUAAUAGGUUGAUUGUGGUGAAGCCUACAUUAUUGGGGUUACAAUUGUUAUUGUCUACCCAUCAAAAACAAAAGAAAAGAGUUGUUAAUUAUUGUUUGUUUAAUAUUUCUGCUUGCAAUUUGAGAAUUUGAGAAAGAGGAAGGAAAAUAUACUUUGUGCACUGAACGGAUCAUGAGAGAUGGCAAGUUUCCUCUGUGAGUUGGUGAAGAAAUAUGUGGACAAAUUGAUUGAUGGCGCAAUAGAAAAAGCACGUUAUGUAUUUUGCUUCACAUGCAUUGUUAAGCAAUUUGAAGAAGAAAGAACUACGUUGGAACCACAAAGGAUAACUAUCGAGCAACGUGUCAAAGAUGCAAGAGAAAGAGAUAAAGAUAUUCAAGCUAAUGUUGUUUCUUGGGAAAAAGAUAUUGAUGAGCUCAAUCAAGUGGACACAAAAACAAAACAAACAUGUUUUUUUGGAUUUUGUCCUAAUUGUAUCCGGCGAUAUAAAAAGGGAGAGGAUUUAUCAAAGAAGUUGGAGAAGAUCAAACAACUAAAGGGAGAGAAAUUUGAAAAUAUUGAACUUCCUCGCCCUGUUCCAGGUGUUGAACGCUAUUCAUCCAAAGAUUACAUUUCUUUUGAAAGUAGAGAGUCAAAAUACAAAGAACUGUUGGAUGCAUUAAAAGAUGACAAUAACUAUAUAACCGGAUUACAAGGGAUGGGGGGCACUGGAAAGACAACAAUGGCCAAAGAAGUGGGUAAAGAGCUAAAGCAAUCUGAAAUAUUUGCUUAUGUCGUUGAUACGACCGUGUCAUUUACUCCUGAUAUAAAAAAAAUUCAAGAUGAUAUUGCUGGUUCUUUAAGACUGGAAUGGGGGGGUUGUAAUGAACCAGACCGACCCAAAAAACUAUGGAGUAGAUUAACAAAUGGUGACAAAAUUCUUGUGAUACUGGAUGAUGUGUGGGAUCGAGGCCCACCUCUUGAUUUUGAUGCAAUAGGAAUUCCAAAACAAGACACACACAAAGGUUGUAGAGUUCUUGUAACCUCGCGUAAUCAAGAAACUUUCAACAACAUGGAUUGUGAUAAGAUAAUUGAAUUGGGUCUUUUAUCAGAAGAAGAAGCGUGGAUCAUGUUCAAAAUGUAUGCCAAGAUAAGUGAUAGCACCUCUCAAAAAUUGAUCGAUAAGGGACGUAAAAUUGCAAAGGAAUGCAAACGAUUACCUGUUGCAAUUUCAGUUAUCGCCAGUAGCUUAAAGGGCCACCAACAUCGAGAGCAUAAAUGGGAUGUGACAUUGAAAUCCUUGAAGAAACCUGUAUCCAUGCAUGGUGUUGAUGAUGAUAAGGUUGGAAUUUAUAACUGUUUGAAGAUUAGCUAUGAUAAUUUGAAGGAUGAAAUAGCCAAGGGGUUGUUUCUCUUAUGUUCGGUUUUCCGAGAAGAUGAAGAAAAUUCUAUUGAAGUUAUAACAAGACUUUGCAUAGGUGUGGGCCUUUUGGGGGAAGAUUAUGGUAGCUACGAUGAUGCUCGAAACCUAGUAGUUCUAGCCAAAGACAAGCUCGUAGAUUCUUGUUUGUUGUUGGAGGACGGUGAAAAACGUCUAAAACUGCAUGAUUUGGUCCGAGAAGCAGCUCAAUGGAUAGCGAACAAAGAUAUUCAAUGUGUAAAAUUGUUUGAUAAAAAUGAGAAGUCAUCGGUUGAAAAGCAAACAAAUAUCAAAUAUUUAUUAUGUGAAGGGAAACGCAUGGAUAUUUUUAACUUAAAGUUUGAUGGUUCCAAACUUGAGGCAUUAAUUAUCAAGGCGGAUACAGACCACGGAUGUACAGAAGUUCCAAAGUCUUUUUUUGAAAAUGUUAUCAAGCUUCGUGUUUUGAAUUUUUCUGGCAAUUAUUAUGACUCACCUUUAUCAUUACCAGAUUCAAUUCGGUCAUUAACCAAUAUUCGAUCUAUGUUGGUUGAUAAUGUGGAUUUAGGUGACAUCUCUAUUUUGGGAAACCUACAAAGUCUGGAGACUCUUGAUUUGGAUAGAUGCAAAGUCAAUGAAUUGCCAAACCAAAUUACAGAACUGAACAAGUUUAAAUUGUUGAAGUUGGAAGAUUGUGAAAUUAGAAAGAAUAAUCCAUUUGAGGUUAUUAAAAGAUGCUCAUCACUUGAAGAGUUGUAUUUCAAAUAUAGUUUCAAUGAUUUUUGUCAGGAAAUAACCUUACCUGAGUUGCAAAGAUAUCAUAUCAAGAAUCAUACGAGAGACUUAGAAUUGGUGAGUACCAGAUUUUCCAAAUAUGUUGUGUUUCGUGGUGAUGAAAAGUGUCAAUUUUCAAAAGGAACACUCAAGUACUGCAUGCAAACAGCAGAGGCUCUUUGUCUAGAAGGAAUUAAGGGGGAAUGGAGAAAUCUCAUGCCUGAGAUUGUUCCUUUAGAACACGGUAUGAAUGAUCUUGUUGAACUUCAUUUGGAUGGGAUUUCACAACUACGGUGCCUCAUUGACACCAUUGGUUCUCAUGUACCGAUCUUGUCCAACUUGGUUGUACUAGAACUGAAAAACAUGAAAAAUUUGGAACAACUAUUCAAUGGUAAGGCAAACCUCUGCAAUCUAAAGAGCAUCAAAGUUGAGAAUUGCCCUAUGUUAGUUUCUAUACUAUCUUUCCUCUCUGCUCAAGACCUUCCAGCACUAGAAGCUAUCAGAAUAAGAGAAUGUGAUGGAUUGAAAUAUGUGUUUGGCCAAUCUCAACAUGUUGAAUUGGUUUCACUAACUAAAUUGGAGCUCUCUGAAUUACCAAACUUCAUUAGUAUUUUUGAAGAAUGUGUGAACGGAUCAUCUUCCACUUCCAAAGCACAAAUACAAUUGGAUCAACCGCAUGACUGCUCAGUAGCAUCGGAAUCAAAUUCAUAUGGCCUUAACAUAUGGGAACGUCUUCAAAUACAAUCAAACAUCCUCUGCAAUAUUAAAGAGAUUGUGCUGACUCAUUUUCCGAAGAUGAAAUCAGUAUUUAUCCUAUCUAUUGAUCUAAUAAUGCAGUUGGAAACUUUGACAAUUAAGAAUUGUGAUGAACUGAAGCACAUAAUAAUAGAUAUUGGAUAUCAUAACAUUGGUGGCAACAUCUGUGUCAAUGUCUUCCCAAAAUUGAAAGAGCUCUAUGUUGUAGAUUGUGCUCAAUUGGAAUACAUAUUUGGACAUGACACUAGUAGUGAUCAUCAAAACGAUAUGGGGAUUCAGCUUCAUCUUCCGGAAUUGAGAAAACUCCAUCUUACCAGUCUGCCAAGUUUGAUCGCCAUGUGUCCCAAACAAUAUCGAAUAACAUUUCCUUCUUUGAAAUCUCUUCGUCUCUGUGAAUGUUCCCAGUAUAAUACAAUCAUUAAGGAAUUGAGUGGGAACAUUGAUCUUUUUCUCACUUUGGAAACACUCGACGUAUUCAAUUCCAAUGUAGAAAGUAUAUUUUCCCUGAAUGAAAUUGAUGAACAGCAACUGGACUUAGCUUUGCGAUACAUUACCUUGAUUGAUCUGCCUAUGAUGACUUGUCUUUUUGUGGGUCCCAAAAAUUCAUUUUCCCUCAAAAACCUUACACGCAUAACAAUCAUGCGAUGUGACAAAUUGAAAAUUGCAUUCUCCACUUCCAUUUUAAGAUUUCUACCACAGUUGCGUAUUUUAAGAAUAGAAGAAUGCAACGAGUUGGAACAUAUUAUUGAAGAUGAUUUGGAGAAUAAAAACAUUUCAACAACAUGCUUCCCAAAGCUAGAACAACUUGCUGUUAGAAAGUGCAACAAGUUGAAAUUUGUUUUCUCCACUUCCAUGUUAAGAUUUCUACCACAGUUGCGUUCUUUAAUAAUAGAAGAAUGCAAAGAGUUGGAACAUAUUAUUGAAGAUCAUGAUGGUUUGGAGAAUAAACAAAAUUCAAAUUCUUUGUCUUCAACAACAUUUUUCCCAGAACUAAAAGGACUUGGUGUAAUAAAGUGCAACAAGUUGAAAUCUUUGUUUCCAUUCUCUGUAUGUAAAGAGCUUCCGAAGUUAAAUGUUCUGUUGAUAAGAGAAGCAAAUGAGUUAGAAGAAAUAUUCAAAAGUGCAGAUGAUCAGAAUGUUCAUAUUCCAAAUCUAAAUAUUUUAGCAUUUGAUAUGCUACCAAGCCUCAGUGAUGUCCAGGGAAAUCAAUUUCAGGCUGUAAAAAGUCGCAUCGUGCGGAAUUGUGAUAAAAUACUCACUCUCACUUCAGCAUCAACAACCAACACCUUAUCAGAAAUUCGUCAUUUACUGAGAAUUAUUAGAAAUAUCACAGAUUAUAGAAUAUAUAGCAAUGUGAAGAGUCUAUUUGAACAGCAAUCAAGUGCAGAAGCCACCGAAGAUUUUGAAAUAUCAAGUGUUGAAAAUGUUCAGGAUUUAACAAUACUACCAACAAAUUCAAAAGAGAUGCUGAAUGAACAAUCAAUAGACGAACAACAUUCACAUGGAGAAAAUAAUAUUGUAGUCAAACCUUCUCAAGUAAAUGAUUUAAUAUAUAUACUCUCAUUUUCCUCUCAUUUUCCUUGUAUUCUUUUGACUCUAUUUCGAAUGUACGAAUUGAAUUAUACUUUAAACAUAAACAUCCUUUUAAAUUUUAAGCAGGGUAUUGAGAUAGAAGGAACUUCUAAGACUAAUAAUGAUCAAGUUUCUCUAAAUGGCGAUGCUUUGAUGAAAGUAAACUCAUAUGUUGAGGAACAAUUUUUUAAGGAUGAUGAAAUAAUAGUUUCCAAAUCUGAACCAUCUCCGAGGAUCACAUCUCCUGUUGCAUCUAAAGGGGAUCCUUCUCAAAAAUUAGAAGAUUUACUACCAACAAAUUCAAAAAUACAAAUGAAACAAACACCAAAGGCAGAGCAUGAGUUUGUUAAAAAUGUUAUGGAUUUAGCAAUACUACCAACAAAUUCUGAAGAGUUGCUGAAUGAACAAUCACUUGGAGAAACUGAUACUAUCAUCAAACCUUCUCAAGUAAAUAAUUUGGAUGGAUCAACAUCAGAAAAAACACCAAUUGCAACUAUGUCCACCAUUUCAGGAACAAAGAAUGAGCCACCUAUACAAGUGGUUGCUUCUAAACAAAAGGGUAUUGAGGUUGAGAUAGAAGGAGUUUCUAAGACUAAUAAUGAUCAAGUUUCUUCAAAUGGCGACGCUUUCAUUAAAGUAAACUCAAAUGUUGCCAGAUCUAAACCCUCCUUUCCUAGCAUCACAUCUCCUAUUGCAACUCAGGGUGACCCUUUUCUUGUCAAGAGGGAGCUUGAGGAACUGGCCUCCAAGAAUCAUUUGGAUUAUGAGAAUAUGUCUUUAUUAACUGAUUUUCUUGUUAGGAAUCCUUCUGUUCGUUUAAAAGACACUUCACUUGGUGAUAUAUACAAGGGCUGUGCCUAUAACUUCCUAGCUAAGCUAUUGAAAUUCCUCGAAACCCAUAGUUUGCUGGAAGUAUCAGGGUCGAGCCACUCUGAAUUUGUGGAGCUAUUACAAGUUGUGCGAAACUUUGCUUUUGAUAAGGAAUGGUUGGUUGGUGUCGAGAGGCGUGUUUUAUUUCCUGAAAUACAAGUAUCUCAAGAUGCCUUUGAGAAAUUAUUGGAUUCCAAGAAACGGGUUGCUAAGGAUGUUGAAGACUUGCGUUUGAAGAUAGAUUUUUUAAGUCAAGUGGCUGAAGAUCUUAAGCAUCAAUUGACAUCCUCUGAAGCUGUUUUGGAGAAUAUCAUUCAACAAGAGGCAAUUUUAAGUGCCCCUAUUGGUUAUUAGACUAUAUUUUCAUUGCUAAUUUGCUAUGCUUUUCAUUGUGUGUGUUAUUGUCCUUCAGUAUUGUUUAUUCCUUGGGUGUAAGGUUUUGUCAUUUCUCAUAUGAAAUGAACUUAUGAACCGUCUUAUUUUGUUUGUGUUGGGUGGAUUCACUCCUAAAGUGGAAUCCACACAAUUAUAUUAAAAGGAAAAAAAAAAGAAGAAAAAAAAAAA